AUGAAGUUCAAAGUCAACAGGGGCUUAUUGCCCAUAAAAUUGCACUUUUUCUUCUUUUUCGCUGCUUUAGGCCCGCUUCUACCUCAGUUAAAUGUCUACGGUCGGCAACUGGGUGUGUCGCCAUCGGUUAUGGGGCUCGUGACGGCGGUCCUGCCCCUAUUGUGGGCAGCCGCGAAACCGUUGUUCGGUUACGUCGUGGACUUCUGGCCGAAUCACAGGAAACUAGUCUUCAUGCUUCUUAUUCUAGUCAUGAGUGGAUCAUAUUGUAGUCUAUGGUUCCUACCGAUGCCCGACGAGGUCGAAUACCAAGAAGUUGUACAGGAAUCCGUGUACCAACUUAACGAUACAGUUAAUGUCAAACCUUAUGAUGAAAAAACGGACGCCAUUUUGGAAAAAUAUACUUGCCAUUGGAACUGUACCACAGAUUAUGAAUUUCAAGUGUACCUGUCAAAUUCGACGUAUAUAAAUACAAUGUAUAUAGAUAAUAAAAAUAUAAAUUGCUCGCUCUUACAUAUGGGUUCGGAUGACAUGCGAGAGGGAGAAACGAUGUGUACUCCAAUAAAAGAUUGUAAUUUGCUAUGUUUUGAGGAUAAUUUAAAUUUAACUUUGAUAAAUCGUAAUAAACGAGAAGUGGAAAAUUCGAAAGCGAAUAAUCUAGAAGUUUCUGGAAAGAGUACAAUAAAAGAAAUAAAGAUACCAGUAAAUAUUGAUAGUGCAAGUUUUUAUACUACAGUUACUUUUUGGGCGUUCGUAGUUCUAAUGUGUGUUGGUACGGUUGCGUUCAAUGUUGCCAAUUGUAUAGGGGAUGCUGUGUGUUUCGAUGUUCUAGCUUCAAAAAGUUCACUUCAAAGACAAGGUCCUGAACGGGGCUCUAAGUAUGGGGCACAAAGGGCCUGGGGCACAGCGGGUUACGGGAUAACAGCGUUACUAGGGGGCUGGUUGGUUGACGCUUUGUCUGGUACAUACAAAGACUUUACACCCGCUUUCAUCAUUGCGAUCGUUGCGACCGCAAUAGAUUUUGGGGCUUGUAGGAAUCUUAAUCUGCCAUCCCUCACCAGUCCAGAAGAUUCUGGUAAAGCUUUGAGAGAUGUACUCAAGGUGCCUAGAGUGGUCGUUUUCAUCAUAUUCGCGAUGGUCGCGGGGACCUUCGAUAGCUUUAUAAUUUAUUAUAUGUUUUGGUUCUUAGAAGAAUUGGCAGAAGAAACAGGUACAACGGGCAAAAUUAAGCUGAUAGAAGGAGUCGUGGUCGCGGCGCAGAGUUUCAUCGGAGAAUUGCUUUUUUUCUUCUUCUCUGGUAAAAUAAUAAGACGAUGGGGUUACGGUACGACCAUGACGUUCUCUCUCUUCUGCUACGGAUUGAGAUUGACUCUCAUCUCCUUCAUACAGCAUCCGUGGCAUCUCGUCUUUAUAGAGGCUAUAAUGCAAGGGCCUACAUACGCCCUCUGCUACUCCACGAUAGUGGGCUACGCGGCACACGUCGCUCCCGAGGGGUACUCGGCCACCGUGCAGGGGAUCGUGGCGGGCAUGGACGAUGGUGUAGGUUUCGCGUUAGGAUCCCUUGUUGGGGGUCAACUGUACAGUUACGCGGGGGGUCGGGGGUCCUUCAGGAUGCUAGCGGGGUUAGCAAUAGUGGCAUCUCUCACACACGCGUUGUUAUUUGCAUCGGUUACUAGAAAAACUAAGGAUCGAACGGAAGUGACAAUACCGGAAGGUGAAAAAAUGCUUCAAACAGACAACGCCAUCUAUCGAGAUACCGUUGUACCUUUAGAUAAGUCCGAAGAUAGA